UUUAGGCGAGAAACAUUCGCGUACAACCAUGUUGUUGUAUACGAACCUAUAAAUACAUAUUCACGAGCGGAUGUUGAGGCAUUGCUAAGGUCCACGUGGUCGUGGAUCACGGUGGUGGCAACAGUCGGCCCCCGACCGUCGUCCAAGUGUGCAUAAACGCGAGCCGGUGUGUUUCUCUUUUGCGAGACGAACAGUAAGAGCAAGGAAGAUCGUGAACCGACGGAACAGGUCGGGGCGAGUUCCCUUUCGACUGGUGUUUUCGUUCGAACGCGCCUCGUGGAGGAGAUAGCGGUUGUCCGUUUAAACGUAACAUUUGCCAAAAAUUUGCGCAAAGGAACGCUUCGUCCGCUACUGAACUGUAUCGCAUAUCGUCGCUUGGACGCAAUAACGAUCAGUUCUUGACGCGAUCGACGCUCGACAUUACGAAGUUGCUCGUUUCAAUCGACGUAAUCGUAAGACCAACGAUCGGUGCAACGUUCUUCCGUGUUUUUCUUUUUCCCGCGUCCGACGACGGUGUGUUGACAACACGCGCUAUUGGCGACUGCAUUUUCACGAAUUUGGAAACCGUCAGAUCGAUGAGGUUCGAACGAUAUUGAAGCCUCGGGCUUGUGCUUUGUUCGACGAUCAAGCAACGAAGGUUGAUAUAUCGAACUGCGCGAUUCGGAGGAAAUUACCGAGCAAGUAAACAUCUAAACUGCUCUCGCGAUGAGGGUCGACCAAAUUGGGCUUCUCUUGUGGAAGAAUUACAUCGUCCGAAAACGUCAACCGGGUAUAUUGGCUCUGGUAUUCGUAUGGCCUGUGGUCGUGUUCAUGAUCCUAUACACGAUUCGCGACAAUGUAGAUCCGAAGUAUUAUCCAACUUGCCAAUUUCCUGCGAGGUCUAUGCCGCAGGAUGGGUUGCUGCCAUUCGUUCAAAGUUUCAUUUGCAGCGUGGGAAAUCCCUGUGAUCCUCUAUCGGAAUACGAAGAAGUUCCUUCUUACAAAAAUGCCACUCUAGGUCCGUUAGUGGUAGAAUUGCAGCCGAUGCUCGGCAACGAAACGAUUCUUUCCGCUAUCAGCACGUUACCGAACAGCAUCCAGCUUCUAAAAUCAAUGGCGCAGAUACUCACUAGACCAGAAAUCAAAGCGCUGUUCGAUCGUGGUAUUCGAUUGGGCGAUCUGUUCAACAACCACGAGGAAAUCAAGAAUCUUCUUAGGGUUCAGAUGCCGUACGCGCGAAGCGGAUUGAUCGACGAACUGUUUAACUCGUCCAUAAAGUUACUAUACCUUAUCGAGGCGUUCGGUUCGUCUAAUAUCGACGGCGCGAUUUGUUCUCCGGAAAUUUUGAAGAAGUAUCUGAUUCUACCUAACGAGCAGAAUUACUUGGAGAUUUCUAAGAUUCUCUGUGACAUCGAUUCGGCGAUGAUACCCAACAUGCUCGAGAGUCUGUCCAAGCAUCUUGAUUUCUCCGGUUUGCUGGAAAUGAUAGACCGUGUAAUGGCCAAGUUUCGCGACUAUGAUUUUUUCGACGACUUAAGGAAAGCGGUCGAAACGAUUCUGGACCUCCAAACCACGAAGAAGUUCGUUCCGCAGUACCUAAAGUUACGUCAAUGGGUACCAAAGAUGAUAAUGGUGUUCAAGAACGUCACAUUCAAAGAAAUUGACCUAACUUUCGUGAAUAAAUCGCUGCAAGUUUUGGAUCCGGUGUUCUCGAUGGAGCGUGAUUGGGCGACCGUCCGUCGAACGUUCUUGAGAUUGCAAAAGUUACUGGAUCUAGCGAAACGGAUGGUGGAGGAUCAAACUAUCGACUCCUCCGACAGCCUUUUCGCGAUAGUGCAACGUUUGUCCAGCACAGCACGAUUUGUGUACGGAAACAUGGCGAAUCCCGACAAUCUUACUCAAAUUCUAGAUCUGAGUAUCGCCAUUCUGCACGAUGGCGCGAAAUUGAUGCAAAAGAUUUUGGACGGCCACCAGGACGAAAUUCAGCUACCAGCUGAAAUUCUAGACGGACUCAGAGAUUUUUUAUCGGAUAACAUCCUAGCCACGUUGAGUUACAUUUUGUCCUUCAUGCAAACGAUCGUCAGAAUGUUACACCAUGCUGCCAUUAUUCACGAGGACGUUCAGUACAGAAUUUACGAUAUUUCCAUAAAUCACAAAGACACGGUGCAAAAAUUGCUAACGAACGUCGAUCCAAAUUUUUAUCGAAAACUCGUUAAAUCAUUCUCCAGACUGGACUUCGUUGAGAAAUUCGUGGAUGCAGUUGAACGCACAAGUCCCGACGACUUCUUUUGUCAGGAGGGGACUGUGAACGAAAUUUUUGAGCUUUUCAUAGACGGCAAAAACGAAGCUAGACACGUCAAGGAACUGCUGUGCAGCGAUGCCGGAAAGAAGUUUAUCUGGGACGUGUACGAAAGUUUCGAGUUUCGGAACUUUGAAAGCAUAGUGAGCGACUCUUUAUUCACGGUGUUCAAUAUGGCAUUGCACAAGGUGGUCAGCGUCGAGAAAUCGAAUCUAACUUCGCUAGUCGGCAACACAAAGGAGUUGAUAUCGUACUUGACAUCGCCAAAAAGGCCAGACCCCGACUGGUCCGUAUUCAAAUUUGACGAAAGAUGGUAUGAAGCUUUCGAAGAAACUCGAUCUCAAGGAAGAUUGAACCUUCUGGCGAUCCAUUUGAGCAUAGCGAAAAUGAUCGGCUCUCGUAGCGUGACUUAUAUUAUUAUCGAGCCUGAUCUGAAGAAGAUGAACAUACUCGCGAAGAUAAUUUUGUAUAACUUGAAGAAGGAUCCUACGAGCUGGAUCGAUGAAUUUAGGCAGAGGAAAAUGGAGCUGGUCGAAUCGUUCUACUUGACCGUAACGGAUAAGGAUAAGGCUUUACAAAUUCUAGAAUAUGAUAAUUUUACCGAUAUCUACUGUACGAAUCCAGAUCCGCCGGAUUUACUAAAUUUUCCAAAAGACUCGAACGAGACAGUGCUGAAGGCGUUGAUUUGUCAUAUCUCGAAAUCCGUACAAAUGGACUUGGAAAUUGACAUGUCGAAUAUCGAGCAAAUGGACGAAGUUCGUUAUAGCGAUACCAUUCAUUUCAAUUCGAUGAAAGAACCGUUCAAUUGGACAGACUUUAACACGCAAACGAUCGAGAUUUAUCGAUACAUCGAUACUCUGGUCCAUCAAGAAGAUCCAGAUUACGACAUGACUAGAUUAGAAAAGGCGAGGAAGGCUUUUGAAACAUCCUGGAGCAUCGAUAUUGGCGCCAAAGAUGUUUUCGAGAUGAGCGUAGGUUUGAUCUGCAAGUUCUUCAAAUUGAUGGAGAGCUCUCUUUUCUCGUCGAAAGGAGUAUGGAAGGAGACGCACGCGAUUGCCUGGGCGUCCUCGGUGAUCUUUGAGUAUAUCGAGAAGAUCGUUGAUCAAAUUCAGAAGAACGAGUAUAGAGCGAAGCUCUCCGAGCUGUUGCAGGACAUGCCGCAGACGGAAAUUCUUUUAAACGCCAUUCUACGAAAUUUAUCUCCUUUGAUCCUCGAUGUCGUUGACAUCAUAACUAUGAAACCGAUUCAUCUUAUAUCCGUUCUCGAUGAUUACAAAUCGCGAGAAGAACAUUGGCCUUGCGUACGAAACGAGAGCGCCGGAUCUGCCAUGGAGAUGCGAGAAGGCACUCGCGAAAUAAUCAGAGAGAUCGAGAGAAUAUCAUGUAAUCCAGCUUUGUUUAUUCAGGAAUGGAACGAGCAUCCCGUGUUCGCGAAGACAAGGAAGAUCUUGCAGCACGAUAAAAUUGUUCAAUCUCCGCCUUUCAAUUGGACCUUGGGUUACAUAACAUUCCGCCGGCAGGCUAAGAAGCUCGAUGAAUUGGUUAACGACGCCACACAUGUUAUCCUGGCGGAACAACCGCAUUUCUGGGAGCAUUGGACGUCUCUCGUGCCGGAAGUUAAAAACAUAUUUGAUAAGAGGUGGCCGGAUAUGAAGAACGAUGCCAAAAACACCCUUGAAUACGUUGAUUACGAAUUAGACAAGACAGUGAUGGCCUUUCAAAGUAAUCUUUCGGCUAGCAAUCUCUGGAAUCCGACAAUCUCCAUCGAGAAUCGCAUUCUCGUCCUAGUAAAAUUUGUCUCACAUUCUGUUCAGAAAAUGAUACAGACCGCAACUAACAUUCUGCGCAAUGCUGUAUUGUUAAAGCCUUCGGAAAAUUCUAUAAAACUGAAUUUAUUUCCGUUGUUGGGAUUCGACGAUAAAUCACCCAUCUCGAUUUAUUACAAUAAGCUACCGUACGUUAUGGUCACAUUGGUCAAUGGAUUGAUGAAUUCAAAUGUCGGUGAUCGCAUAUUCAAUUCACCAGAUACUGAUAUCACUUGUUCUCGAUUAUUCGAAUGGUGGUCAGAUUCUGUUGUUGGCUUUACUCCCGAGGAAUAUAGAACCUUGAAGAAUUUCACCUGUGACCUUGAUCCUGAUAACUUCAACGCUUACACUGACCUGUACAUGGUCGAGGCUAAUGUAUGGACGCAACCUGUUAACAGAUAUCGAUCUUCCAUGAUCACGGUAAUAGGUGACAUAUACGAUUUCGCGUUUGAAGUUUUGAGGUUGAUGGAGGAUAUAAAGGAGAAGAAGAUAGAAAUCGAGGUGCCAUUUUCCAUGUCUUAUGUUUCAACUACUCUUCAGAAGUUCAAGCAUGUUCUCGAAUUUUAUGAUACGGAGACCAAUAGCCAGAAGAAGUUGGAAAGGAGCAACUACAGAAUCCUUAUAGAGGGUGUUGCCGAAGGUUUGAAUCAUAUCACGAACGCGAUAAAAAAUAUCAAGACACAAAAUAACCAUUUAAAUAUUUGGGAUUUCGUUGAAAAUGGCGAUGCACGCCAGUUGUUGAAGAUCCUCGACAAUCAUCCUGAAGAAACGAUCGCUUUAGUGGUUACGCUUAGUACGCUCAAUUCGCCGAUAAAUGUUUUCAUGUCGUACGAGGAUGUAAGAAAAACCAUGUGCAGCUUUCGGUUUAACUCGAACUAUUGGUCCACUCCGAACAGAACUCGAUUCAUAAAAGAAAUAUGUUCUUUCGAUCCCGACCAAUUACUGAAAGGUGUCACCAGUGCAGAAUACUACUCUUUUGUGACCGGUCAAACAACUACCAUGUCAAAAUCAACACGCUUAAGCGCCUCCGUUACCAAACUGUUGGACACAGCGUUACGCUUUCACGCAGAACAAAAGUCUGAUUACGUUAUAAACUCGAAAAUUUUCAAUGCGACGACCUGGAGGAAUUUAUCGAACGACACCUGGUCUGUCAUUGGCAAAGCUGGUCAAACCUGGAUAGAGAGGUACAUGAAAUUUGCGAAAAACGAAAAUCCUACGAAAUUAAACGGAACGACAAAUUCGCUGGCGAAAUUGGCCCGAGGGUAUCAGCUUCUAGACGCUACGAUCGAGCUACUGGCCGGCGGGGAUAUUUGGCAAAAGCUUCGGAUCCUCUACGAGAAUUCAAGGGUGAAACCUAUCUUAACUCUAAUAGAAGACCUGCCGAAUCUCAUCGUCACCGGUGUUGACACUUUCGUGAAGUCAGAGAGAUUGAACGAUUUCGUGGAGAAACUCUCGUUUGGCAAGCUACACCCUUGCGACAUCGACAAAUAUUUGAUUGUGCCCAGCUUCGUGCGGAAGAAGGUCCUCUUGUCAAGCAUUACCAACUUUUGCCAAAAGAUCGUUCUCGCCGAUGGACGACUGACUUUGAUCGAUAUAUUGCCCCUUGAUGUCAAGUACGAGGAAGGUCGAAUAGCAAGAAAUUGGUCGGGAAACUACGACGAGAUUUAUCUUUUGGAAAAAUUGCAACAUAUCGAAUCGACGAUAAUUCGAGCUGCUUCGGAAGGUUUCAAGGACCCGAAGGUUCCAGCAUGGUGGAUUUCCUUCAAGGAAGGCACCUUCGAGGAUUUUUUGACGCUUUAUAAAAAGGAGGACCUGAAAGCGCUCGCUCACUUGGUGGUGAAAAAGCUCUUCACGACCGCUAGGAACAUUUUAAAUUCCGCUGGGAAUACCGAAGACUGCUCCUGGUGCGUCACGUUCCCCCUUGAAAUUCUGAAUUCUCAGCUGCUGAACCAUCAGCACUACGCGAAACUCUUAUGUCAGUUGACUCAAUUGAACAUAUCGCAGAUUCACGAUAUAUUAAUGCAUGAUUUCUAUUGGAAUAAAACUGCUAGUAUGAUAAAGAAUUACAAGUAUCUAAACGUCAAACGAAAUAGAAACGAAUUUCUGACAACUUUGGAAGGCACAUUUUAUCAUAUCGCCGAGAUUCUAAUGAAUUUUCAAAACAAGACUUACAGCGACGAGAUCAACGAGUGUUUUCAUAGAUUCGUAGGACGUCCCGCUUAUUCUAGACCCGGACUGUAUGUGACCAUGGUUCUCGGUGUGUUGGACUCCCUGCAGAAAAACGUGUUCAUCCUGGACACGGGCCGGAAUCACAAGAACAUCGAAACGUUGUCCAAAAUGGCGGAGAAGUACGUUCCGAUCUGGAAACCCCUGCGCGACGUGGUAAAGGCGUCGGACGUCGAUGACGUAGAGGCGUUUUUGCCAGGGGCGAUGAUUAACGUGAACGCGUUGCUGAACGACAGAAACGGGUCUCUUUGUCGGACUAAGUUAGAAUGUCGGAAUCGGACGGUUUUGUACAACUAUCUGAGCUCAAAGAAAGCAGGAAAAGUGUUCCAGUAUGAUCAAAAAGCGUUAGGUUACCACACGUUGAUGGAGAUCGCCGAUCGAUUGUCCGUAAGUCUGGAUCUAGAUCGGAUCUAUCGCGAGCUGAAACAGUGGCAAAUGGACGCCACGUGGAAUUUAACGUGGCUGAAGGAGAUCCUGAGGCACUUGUCCAUCGUUAUCGGAGAGAGCGGCAAUCUGCUCGACGUCGCCAGUAAAAUAGACUUCCAGGAUGUCUCGAGCGUCUUAGGAGUUCCUGAUAUCGUCGACGGGGUGGUUAAUAUCCUGAAGGAUAAGACGGUGGACAAGCUUUUCGACGGAAUGAAAGAGAUAGCGGAAGAUAUUAAGCCGUUCAUCGAGGAUCAAUACGUGAUGGACGACGUUUAUCGAAUAAUCGUGGCGUUUCAGUCGAUGGAUAUCUUCAAGAAUUUAGGGUUGCUCGAUAUGAAAUACGUUAUCAGAGAUAUGUUCGACAACUGGGAUGUGGUAAAGUCAUAUUUGGUGGAUAAGAUCGGAAUUUCCAAUAAUGUAGCGUUGAUGCUGAGCCAAGCAAAGAUAGAUAUGAUUUCUGUUUUCAUGAAAGAAAGAAGAGCUCUCAGUUUGAAGGAAAUCAUUUGCUCCCCGACGAAACUCAGUGAAAUGUUGAAUUUUAAUAGCAGUCGAGUCACCGCCGAAGAAGUCAGCUCCGCUAUCUGCCAGUUCGAGGACUCGCAGACACAGAACGUGACCAUAACGUUGAUUAAAAAUUUAAAUUUCGAUUAUAUUUUUAAGACUCUUAUGAGCGCGAACGUGAAAAAUAUAUUGGCCAACGCAAAUUUGACGGAAACAGAGGGAAAAAUGGUACUGAAUAAUCUUGGAGUGGCCGCAGAGUUAUUGCCAUUCUUCAAAGACAAACUUUCCUCUCGAAUGCCAACGGCGCAAGCCUUGGAAACAGAUGCGCAAGAACCGGAUCAGACAGUCUCCACUUCCAAGUUCCUUCAAGAUUCUAGCGAGAUGCUGUGCGGGCAACCGAUGGUCUCUGAUAACGGUGAUUUGUACAAAAUCAUCUCGAAGAUCGAGGAUAAUAGCAAAGAUUUCGAUAAGGCUGAGCUCGAUUCUUUACCCACUGAAUUUUGCAGAAACACCUACAAAGGUGUUGUGGCCAUGGGAGGCGGGAAAAUUAUAUGGUCUUACGUGAAACCUCUACUACGUGGUAAAAUACUUUAUGCUCCUAAUACCACAGUAAUCAACAAUGUAAUGACAUUAGCGAAUAAAACAUUCGUGGAAAUGGAACACUUCGGCGUAUUGAUGAACAGUUUCGAGAAAACUUUAAUCUCAUUGGCGAAUCUUACCGAAAUGAGCGACAGUUUAAGAGAGCUUCGAGACAUAAUGUCCUCAGAUGUUAUAAAAAUCGCCAUUAGAUCAUUUGGCGGAAGCAAUUUCGAAGGCGGGGAUUUCACCGAUAUGGAUCUCAGCGAGGUUUCGUGGCGACUUAAGAGAUCCAAACGUUUGAUAACGAUGGUUGGUAUGUUGAAUGAUUUAUUGGAGUGCGUGCUCGUAGAUCGAAUAAGAGGAUUUCGGUCCGAGGAGGAAAUGGAAGCGAAAGCACGGGUUCUGAUGGAAACGCGAGAAUUUUUAGCCGGUGUUGUCUUUUUGGAUAAAGCCCCAAAGAGAUCUAGCAGAUCUUUGCAGCAUGAAUUGCCCGAUAAUAUAGUGUACAAAAUUCGAAUGGACGUGGACUACGUGCAGUCCACGAAGAGAUUAAAAAAUCAAUUUUGGAUUCCUGGUCCGGAGAGCAGUUUUAUAGAACACCUGAGAUAUAUGAGAGGAUUCGUACAGCUCCAGGACUCUAUCGAUCGAGCAAUUAUAAGAACGAAAACUCAGAAAGAUCAGGAUUGGAAAACUAUGACGCAACAGAUGCCAUAUCCUUGUUGGGAAGACGUACCCUUUCAAACAACUCUCUACGAGUCUCAAGGUAUUCAAGUUUGUUUCUUUUUUGCGCUAAUGAUGUGUGUUGGAGCAGCUGUCAGGCAUAUUGUGUGGGAAAGAGAAUCUCAAAAUGCAAUGGUAAUGAGCGUAAUGGGAUUGAAACCUUGGAGAAACACUGUCGCCUGGUUCAUUACGACAUUUAUAGAACUCUUAAUCGUGUUGUUCUCUAUCGCAACAGUUCUGCUUGCCGGAAAAAUUUUACCAAAAUCUGAUGCUUCUUUAAUUUUAAUCAUGAUGGUCGAUUACGCGUUCUCUAUCGUAACCUUCUGUUACAUGAUUUCAACGAUGUGCAGCUCAGCGAGUCUAGCCGCGAUCACUACCGUGGUUAUGUUCUUGCUGACAUUCAUGCCAUACGUCAUUGUCAUUGCUAUGGAGGCCGUUAUUGGUCUCGGGUAUAAGCUUCUCAUCUGUCUCAGCAUGUCGACCAGCUUUUGUUACGGUUGCUUGUACGCGGCCAGGAAGGAAGUUCAAGGCAUCGGACUAACUUGGAGCGCGAUGUGGGAGGAAUCUAGCCCCGGCGAUUCGAUGUCUUUGGGUUGGGUGCUCCUAAUGAUCGCCUUCGACGGCUGCCUUUAUGCCUUAAUCGGUUAUCUCGUCGCCAGAUAUACGAAUUCAGGCAGGGGCUUUCACGAUUUGAGGUCCCGUAGCUUAUGGUGGGCCGAUAAACGUUCUCUCUAUGGCAGACCAAGUUACCUCGCCUUCGUCAACAACCUCUAUUUCACUAACGACGUUCUCCACCCUUCAGCCACUUACCAAGACGAAGAGAGCGACGCGAGUAACUUGACAGUCAGCGAGAAACAAACAGGAGUAAGAUUUGAAAAUGUCAAGAAGAUCUACAACACAGACCAGGGUGAGGUCUUAGCAGUGGAUGACUUUAAUUUGAAACUUAACGAGGGUGAGGUGACGAGCCUCCUUGGAAGAAAUGGCGCUGGAAAAACCACCAUUAUUAAGAUGCUGACGGGGAUGCUGGCUCCGACCACGGGUGAGAUCUGUUUGAACGGCGAAGAGGGUUGCAAGCCCGACAUAGGGGUCUGCCCUCAAGAUAACGUACUUAUCGGUACUUUGACACCCAGAGAACAUUUAAUGUUUUACGCGAAACUAAAACAUCCUGACGAUGUAGAUAUGCAACGAAGCGUGAACGAGAUGUUGACCUCUUUGGAACUAGGCAGACAAGAGCACGAACCGGUAUACCGGCUCUCUGGCGGCACAAAGAGACGGCUUUGCGUGGCUUUAGCAUUUCUAGGCUCACCGAAGCUGGUGAUCCUCGAUGAACCAGGCGCCGGAGUGGAUCCAGCCGCGAGACGUAGGAUCUGGCGUCUAAUCGAUCAACACAGGAUCGGCAGAACCGUCAUUCUAUCGACUCAUCAUCUGGACGAAGCUGACAUACUCAGUGACACCGUCGUCGUGAUGCAUAAGGGAAAGAUACUUUGCACGGGAUCUCCGUUAUCCCUGAAAAUGAUGCACGGUCGUGGAUACAGACUUCUCGUAACGUUCCCUUCUGCCGAUCGUGAAGAAAAUGUUAAUUCGAUCGAAAGAAGAAAGGUGGAAGCUUUAAAGAGCGUGAUCGAAGAAGUGGUGCCUAAUGCGGUGACCAAUGAAGUUUCUAGUACAGAGGUGGUCGUCACGUUGCCUUUCCAGGGGAAGAAUGGUUUAAAUAAUAAUAUCGCGCAAGCUGCGAAGAUUUUGGAAGACAGUCGCAGAAAUCUGGGUUACUCUCACUUUUCCUUGGAAUGUGAUACUUUGGAAAGGGUUUUUCUAGAUCUGUGUUCUAGGGCAGAGAGCGGUUCGUCCAUUAUAACACCUAUUCAAGAUAGCGUUAUUAGUAUGGGUAACGUUGGUCCUACGGUAUCCAAAAACGUUGAUCUAAUUGACAUCGAACCAUCCUUGAGUCCCUGCCCUAUUAGGCAAAUCAAAGCUCUGCUGAAGAAACGAAUAUGGCACUUCAGAAAGGAUUGGUUGACAUUCUUAGCCGGUCUCCUCUUACCAACCAUGUUCGUUGCGGUUGCUAUGGGAUUCUCUUUGAUCAGGCCUCCAUCAGAGGAUGAACCACCGCUGGUUCUUACGCCGAAAUUAUAUGACACACAUCCGACCUAUUUCUACAGCAUCGAUAACGGUGACGAUUCGUUUUUACAACACGUAUCACUUCAGCUUCACGAUCGAUUUGGGGAUGACUAUGCUGGCGCAUGGCAAACAUUGCCUAAUGACACUGGUACUUGUAAAUGUCAGGACGGCCAACAGGUUUGUCACGGCUUGUCCCAAGCCGUUGAAGGUCUUUUACAAGUAUUACCUGGCAGGCCCACUCUAGAUUGGAUAGUGUCGACUCAUCAAGAAUACAUAGAGAAGAGAUAUGGAGGAUGGUCAUUGUUCCAUUCUAACGACAAACCACUCUUUGUUGUAUGGUACAACAAUAAAGGUCACCAUGCGUUGCCAUCUUAUUUAAGCGCAUUGAACGAAGCAAUCUUAAGAGCAUCAGGUGUUCAAGGUCGUCUAACAACCUUGAACCAUCCCUUAAAGCUAUCCAGCGAUCAACUGAACCGAACCACAUUAUUGCAGCAUGUGGCUGACGUUGGCGUGGCGCUCGUACUUUUGCUCGCGUUCAAUUUGGUAGCUGCUCAAGGGUCGAAAGAAUUGGUGAGGGAAAGAUUAUCGGAAGAAAAGAGAAUCCUGUUUCUUGCUGGCGUUCAUCCUGUCACUUACUGGAUCACCGUAUUAAUUUGGGAUUUCUUCGUGUUUGGCUGCUCCAUUGCUUUGGCUGUCGUGGUUUUCGAAAUUUUCGGACUUCCUGCGUACGUUGCUAGGGACAAUUUGCCUGGCAUUUGUUUAUUAUUGUUCCUCUUUGCGUGGGCAGCUUUACCAUUUUCACAUUUGACUGAAAAAGCCUUCGACGAUUCAAGCAUGUCGAACAUGGUCCUUUUUUGCGUCAACACGUUUAUAGGCGUAGCUUCCCUGGCCACUAUUUUGGUACUCGACAUUCUAGGAAAAACGAAAACUACAGAAGAUGUACGAGAUAUCCUGCACUACGUCUUACUCAUCUUUCCCCAAUAUGUACUGGGUGAUGCUCUAGUACAAAUAUCACGGAAUGAUAUCACGGCGCAAUUAUUAGAAAAAUUCCACAUGGAUACUUAUCACUCGCCCUUAGGUUGGCAGUUAUUGGGUCUUCAUUAUGUUUUCCUGACUGUCGUCGGUGCCGUUCUUUUCUCUUUGAAUUUAAUGAUCGAGUGUCGAUUUCUUCCCAAUUGGAAUAGACAGAGGUGCCCGUACGAAGCGUUUCAAGAGGAUGACGACGUGUCGAAGGAAAGAAUGAGGGUGGAGGGUGGCAUGUCAGACGAUAUCUUGCAGACAGUGAAACUUCGCAAGGAGUAUAGAAGUGUUUAUGGUACGAAUGUAGCCGUUCAAAACUUAAGCAUUGGAGUGCAAGCAGGGAAGUGCUUUGGUCUUUUGGGAACGAAUGGUGCCGGGAAAAGUACCACUUUUCGCAUGUUAACAACGGAGAUUAUACCGACAGCGGGCAGGAUAAUACUGAGAGGCAAGGAAAUCGGUUCAGGACCAUUGUGCAACGGUGAAAUCGGUUAUUGUCCUCAGAGCGACGGUUUGGAUGGUUUUCUUAGUCCGCAUCAGUGUCUAACGAUUCACGGGGAAGUUUGUGGGUUGAGCAACGUUCCCAAGGCGGUCGAGUCAGCGCUGAAGAGACUCGAUCUUCUGAAAUACGCGCACAAGAGAGUGAGCAGUCUCAGCGGAGGUAAUAAAAGGAAACUAUGUACUGCCCUGAGCGUAAUGGCUCCGGUGCCCGUAGUUCUUAUGGACGAACCAACGAGUGGAAUGGAUCCUGCAACGAAAGAUCUGGUAGCCAAAACAAUUAGGCAUAUGACGAAGAAUCAAAGUUGCGUAAUUCUAACUUCGCACAGCGUGGCAGAGUGUGAAAAUCUGUGCAAUAGAGUCGGUAUUCUUGCCAAGGCUGGUCUCAGAUGUAUAGGGACGCCACAGCAUUUAAAGCACAAAUUUGGCGAAGGUUACGUAGCGUUUCUACGAUUCCGGCAACCGAUUUCAUCCGCGGAUCUAAGGAAAGCCGUUCUAAAGUAUUUCCCGCGGGCUGUGGUCUCUUCGAGACAAGCCAGCGCAGCUCGUCUGCUGGUACCACGAAGCCAGGACAUGCUUGUGAGCAGCAGCUUUAACAAGCUGAAACUGUUGGCCGAGGAACUGAAAGCCACGGACUACACGUUGACACAAAGUUCGCUGGAUCAGGUGCUCGUGAGUUUUUCGGAGGACGUGGACAAUGAAAUCGAUGGAUCAGUUUACGCGCAGAGCAGUACCAACAAUAUCUCAAAUAUUUAUACCAACAUGGAUACCAUACAUAUGGAAACAUUUUGAUAGAUUUUUAGUUCAUUCGUGUCUACAAUCGAUACAUCGUUAUUGAUUUUAAAUUUCUGUUUAAUGCGCGUUUUUACACAAUUUAGUAGUUCAUUUAUCGACGCGUGAAUCUCGUGGAGACUUCUGUGAUAGCUUUACUUCUGUUGAAUAGCGCUAUGUUGGACGUAUUGUAAGGGCUUUCAACUGUCGCAUCAACAAACAAGUGCACACGAUUGAUUAGUUACGAUAUAUAUAUAUAGAUAUAUAUACAACUCGCGUAUGAUACAAAUUUUUAUAUACAUUUGACAUUUUACAAAGUUACUCCAUUCGAGAAUUUUAUUAUUCCGGUUAUGCGUUACCUAUAAUUAAUAGAUGUUUAAUCCACGUUAUAUGCGUUAAUAUUAUUCUAUAAGCCGUUAAUUGAUCGCCGCGUGUACGAUAAUCGUAGCUUUAAUUUUAGUACAUAUGUAUAUCAUCUUCUUGUUCGAAUACAGAGGCAUUCACGGAUAAGUGUUUACUUCAUCCUAGAUAAAGUUGGAUCGCGUUGCAUAAAGUGAAGAAAUCAGGUCAACUAUUGAAAAAUUUCCACACGACCCGACAGAUACAUAAUAUUUGUCAGCACUCUUCCUUGUAUGCCAAUACAGAUUAAUUAAUGCAACGAUUAAUUGUAUUAUAGAUAAAUGUUAUAUAAUAUGUGUAUAAGAUUUUACUAUUUUCCACGUUAUUAAGUGUACAAGUUUAGAGUUCCUUAUUAAAUGUAAAGAGAGAGGGAGAGAGAGAGAGAGAGAGAAAAGAAAAACGUCGUUGUUAAGCAAGUUACACAAUAUUCGAUUAAUAGAAAUUAUCCGACGCGGCGUCAAACAUAAGGAGCGAAAAAAAUGAAAUUAAAGUUAAACAACGAUAUCUUUCGAGUACAUAAAUUGAUUCUUAUCGCUCUUAAGUACACGUUCUUUUUAUUACGCUAGAUAUAAUUGAAAAAUUCGCGAAAACCGAUAAAACAAGGUGAAACUGUUUCGUAAUUAUUACGUUAACCCAAAGCGAUUCGAGUAUUUAUCGAUUAUACCAGUAAAAAUCGGCACGUACGGAAACGAUACGCUACAUUUUAUACGUUGCAAAUGAAAUCUCUAUCCUUAUCGCACCACGUAAUUGAUCGAACCACUGAUAGUGGUCGUUAUCGAUAACGCGGGGCUAUAACCAUACAGUCGCGUGAAAUUCGAACACGUCAAAUCAAAACGUGUACCGGUAACACUUGCGAUUGCAGAAAAGAAGAGAAAGAGCCUUUAACAAUGGCGAACGAUGCAUUUCAUCGAUGAGACUCACGUCAGCCACCUUUCAUUCCCUUUAAAUUACGUACUCGUCGGUGAACCGUCUGUCUAUACGUCACUAAAUGAAACGUUGACGCUGCCGAGACCUGAGCGAAAUAUUCGCAAAACUGGGAAUAUCCUGGUUUUGAUUUUCUUCUCUAGCGGUGUUCUCAACGAUUUGAUUCGUGCUCGGUGCACCCUCGUGUCGACGGAAUUUUCAUCGGUGUCAGCGAAACGAUCGAGUCGUUCCGGGUAAGAGAGGAAAUAUUUGGCUGUAUUUUCGUGGCUACACGAGCGAGGUGUCUCCAUGUAUUUCGAUUCGUUCGAUUCUAUUCGCAGUGCGAUCUUCCAAUUGAAAUAGAGAACAGCCGUUUGUCUUUGUUCGCGUCUACGAUCGGCAGACGGUAAAUCGAACGUGGAUACUUGCGCAAAAGAGAUAAACAGAGAGAUACUAGCAGCUAAUUAGAAUCGAAGAGGAAUCGAACCGGUGUUUGGUCACUCGUUUCGCUUCCUUCGGCUUUCCACGGUUUAUAUCGUAUCGAAUGGCUCUUUUCCAGAUUCGCAAUCGCAACUGUUUCUCGAGUACGCGUGGAAACGGUCGUUGAAUCGUUCCAUUUUAUUGGCCAUACAUCGUUUUAGAACCAGCGUUUCAUUCGUCGUUUUGUUUUUUUCUUUUUGUAGAAUUUCUACAUCUCCGUGAACCAAAUUCUAACCCGAUACAAAUGUAAACGAUAGCUGGUGGAAUUUUGAAAUGCUUCCGCGAUAAUUCUAAUUCGAACGAGAAUGACAAGUUUUAGAACGGACUUCUCGUGCAAUUUCCUCGAUUAAAUAAACGUUGCGAUAGAGGGUAGACAGUGGCCUUUUAAAGCAAAACCAGGCAGCGACAUUUGUCAUGUGCAGACGGAGAAAGCAACGAGAGGACGGAAAUUAUACCUAUUGCCAGAGGAAGCAUCAGCGGGGAUAGAAUCAUUUCUCCGUUCUGUUCGUUAAGUAGGGAACGGUAAUUUCAUCGAACCAACUCCUGCGUUUCCGACGCCCUCAUUAUUGUUUCUAUAGUCGCAUACCGCGCUCUAUUUUAUUUACAAUGGCGAGUAUCCGCGGAUUUGUCAGCCAUCCGUAAGGAUGCAUGGUACGAAGAGUAACUCUCGACCGACGAAACACGAAUCAACGUUUACCGAGAGGCUCUUCAGUUCUAUAAGAACAUUGUUCUCGCAUUAAAAUUGAAUCUUUCUUGAAAUUUAUUUGUUCGUACUUCGUUAGAAAAUUAUGUAUUACAGAUUAAAGGUAUCUCUUAAAUUGUACAGUAUAUACACUAGUUGGAUCGAUCUAGUGGCUCUCGAUUAAUUCACAAAACUUUGCUUUUACGCGGAACAAAAAGGAAUAAAAAAGUAGAUAAAGAGAGAGAGAGAGAGAGAGAGAGAUUAAGGGAAGAUAUAUAUUUUUCGAUGAAUCAAACAAGUAUUAAACUCGCAUUAACGUUAUUAACGUUCAUCUGGCUGAUCGAGGAUUCGGCUCGAAUUAGCGUGAAUAUUAAGGAGCACUCGGACCGAAUUGGCUACGUGACAAGACUCGGUUACCUCCGGUCGACAGGAAUUUAGGAUGGAAAAGAGGCGAAGACAGGGAUUAAGUCUCAUCGAUUUCGUUCGAUACAGAGGGACACGUUAUUAGCUCGGCUGGAUUCGCUGCUUUACGAGAAGAAUGGGGAAUUAGACGGGGUUGAUCUUGAAUUAAACUUUCGAGAAAGUACGGAACGGAAUCUCACGUGGCGCCGGGAUUUAAAUACGGAGGAGACGAUUUAUCGGCUCCAUUUGCACGGCAGCGGAUUUUCAUUUCUACCGUCGAACAGCGGCAAGAAUCGAUCAAUAAGGAGAAAUCGAGAUCGGGGGUGUGGCAUAAGCUAGCGAUCAAAUCGAGACAUGUUUCAUUCACGAUUUAUAAUGUCGUUUCUGAUCGAGCGUGCGUACCAGAAAUUUGUUGUCGACGAUAUGAAACCGGUUCUCUUGCAUUUCGAUCGGCUUUCGCGCUAAACGUUGCUCUUUCAUAUCCGAUUCGUUGUAUUCGUAUACCUACAAUUGUAUCGAUAUUUUCGGGAGGGGAGGAAAUUAUGAAAUUAGGUGAGAAGGAGAAUCGUAAUUAUUUUGAAUACGGUUGAAAAGAAUGUUUCGUUCGAACGAACAAUAAUUAAGCUACAUUGUCCAGCGUAAUAAUUAAAUACAAAUUAUAGGAGCUUCGUGUAUUAUAUAUUAUAAAUUGUGACAUUGCUUAUUAAUAAAGCAAUAAACUGAUCGUUCA